CAGAACGCACUUGUCUUGCGGGGGUCGACUAGACUUCUAUCGUGUUUUGUGUAAAAUCAAAAUAAAUAAUUGCAAAUCUUUUUUCAAUAUUAAAACAUGUGAGUGAUGAGUUGUACCGAAAAUGAGAGUGGCCCUUUUGUCGUAUUCUUCUUACCAGCCGUGGUCGGGUGCUUGACUAUACUACUGGCGAAACGCUGGGCGAACUCGCAGGUAGUCAGCGGAUCCUCCACAGCUGUCUCAAGGCGGCGAAAAAUCAUUAAAGAUCCUUUAAUUAAGCGUCCUCUUCCGCCUAUUGCCCUGAAAAUGUUGCCGCCGGGCUCCAAGAAGGCCAAUGGUGUCACAAAAAAGGGAUGCAUUGGUGGGGACGAGGAACUGAUGCAGAAGCGUGUGAGCCAGCCGGCCCGCGUGUCCCCUUCUUCCAGUCCUAGCGGAGCAUCAGACAUGAAGUACAACGAGGGGCCAGUGGCUCCGAAGCACAUCCCGUUCCCUGUGAUCCCUCACGAUGGGGAGCUUCUGUUUGAGUUCAUGACGCUCGUGUUCACGCUGCUGGCGGCCGCGCUGCAGUUCCUCAACCUGUAUAGGACCGUGUGGUGGCUGCCGCACUCACACACUAAUCAGGCUAUGAAUUUCUACCUGAUUGACAUACAUCUGGUGUCGUUCAUAGUGGCAAUUCUGUCUAGGAGGUUCUUACUGAGCUUGACCAUGGCUAUUCUACGCUCAUUCUUGAACCCCAAAUUCUUGCCACAUGCUACUGUGGCUUCCAGGAUGUUCAUUCUGGGUGUGAUCCUGGGCGUGCUCGCGUGGUGCACAUACUUCAUCGCGCUCAAGUACCCACUCAUGAAGCUGUUCUAUCUGUGUUAUCCAGCAAUAAUCUACUUCCUCCUGUUCGGGUUCCGCGCGACCCCGUUCCUCGCGCUGGACACGGGCGGCGCGCGCAGCCUGCACUCCUGCUCCUCCGACCAGAGGCAGGUCCGAGCCGAGGUGGAGAUGUUCCGACAAGACUUCAACUACAGACUCAACAUGAUACUGUUCAACUCUGUGUGCGGAGCGUACUAUACGAGCUUUGUACCGUGCUGCUUUGCACAGUCCUAUCUCUACUACUCGGUGUCCCUAACGUCCCAGCAGACGGGCUUUGUUUGGGGCGCGCUGUUCUGCCGGCUCGGGGCGGCGCUGCUGCCCGCGCGGUACUGCGACGUGGCGCACCGCGCCGCGCUGCACCAAGCGCCAUCUAGCGACAGCCCUAGUCCGUCGUCGUGGUGCGGCGCGCGGCUGUGGGCGCCCGACCCCUCGCACGACAGGUUCUAUGCGGUGUUCAAGAACCCUUCAACACUACUCUGCGUAUUCCUGUGUCUACAACUGGCACUGAUCUUCGUUCAGUUGUGUCUUUUAUUCAGUAAUAUACCCUGGCAUGGGUACCUUGCAAUAUUCCUGCUUCUCUUCAUGAACUAUUACACCAUGUUCAAACUAGUCCGGGACUAUAUUGUGGCCUGGAAAGUGUACAAAGCGGAGAGCAUGAUACAAGAGAAAAAUAUCAACGCACCCGUUACGUAGAUCUACACAACAGUUGGUUUGGGACUUUAAGGUUGACUGUUCCUUGAUGCAUUUAUUUAUAAAGUGUUAGCAUUUGUAUGGCAGUGUGUAGAGACGGUCAAGCAAUAGUCAACUGUGAAGACACAUUCUCCAUCAGUGUAACCAUGUCGCACAAAAAUGCUAUCCAAAAUCUCGAAAUUCCUAUUUAGUUUUUGUUGUACUUAAGUGAGGUAAAUAUGUUUUUUUGGUAUGUUUGGACGAAUCGGUUUAUUUUUGUUUUAUAUUUGUACAUGACUGAUGUGGCAGUUGUUGAUUGAUUUAACUUUUUUCUUAAUUAAACCCUGUGAGCUUUGUUUUAAAACUACCAUGAAUAAAGAAACAAUAUCAAAAUGGCGGACAUAAGGUGUGAGUAGGAUAGAGUAACAUACCUACAAUCACAGGGAAAUAAGAGUAAAUUUUAAUAUUGUUUCUUUAUUCAGGGACGCUCUAACAGUUGGUAAUAAUUAGGUUAGGUUAAUACCUAUCUAAUGACCCUUUAACAUGGCUUUCAACAAGUCUUGUCAUGUCUUUCUGUCUCGCUUGCUCCUACCGCACGGCCUUGAGAGUGAGCAAGACACAAACAUUGACACUGCUGGUGAGUGCUCACACUGUAGGCAGUCAGUUGUUUCUGUUUUUUUUUAUUCAGCUGCUCUUUCUAUUCCUAAGUCAAAUGAAUAACCUGAAUAGAUAACCUGACCUGAUAAUGUUAAAAUGGAAAAUUGGGAUAAAAGUGUAGCUAAAUGUUGAAUAAUCAAUAUUCAUAUAAAUGUUUUAUCUAAAAAAUAUUCCAUUCCAAAGUUUUCUAUAUUUUUUCAUGAUUAUCUUUGUAAGAUGUAGGAUGUUGAAAUAGUUUUUUUAGAGUUAAUCAAAACAAUAUGUCAAUGAACUUUGUCAUAGUAACUUUUUAAUGUUUCAAACUCAGAACAAUAUAUUUAUCAUACGCUUGCCA